CCUUUCUUUCUCUCUCUUCAUCUCUAAACUCAAACCAAAAUCCUACUCUCUCUGCUCUGUCCCCUCUUCUUCCUCAUCCAGACGACAACGGCUCAAUUGGUACGGGGGUUCUCUCAAUCUCACCAGAAGAAACAGCAGCAAGUUCAAGGAGAGCAAGGAGAGCAAAGAUAGACGCAAAAAAGCAGUAAUGGAUGAAACCAAGUCUUCUUCUUCUUUUGGGUUUAACAAAAGAAGAGCGGAGGGGGAAGACGAGAACGACAGGCCUAAUAAGAAUUUCCAGUUGAAAACGCGCACGCUUAAUCCUACCAAUACAAUUGCAUAUGUACGGAUGUUUUUCAUUUUUGCUUUAAUCCUCUGUUGUUUUUCUCGUGUUUGCUAAGCUUAUGGGUUUUGUUAGAAUUCGCUUGUUUUGAUUCUGAUAUAUUUUCAGAACCAUGGUGGUUUGCAAUGCCAGAACAAUGCUAGUUUGUUCAUUCGCUAUGGGGUUCAAUAUGUUCUUCUUUGUCAAGGACAUGUUUUAAUUGGAAAUCUUCUAGAAUUGGUACAUAAUUUAGAUUACAAAUAAUAGAUUUUCAUUAAUUCUGGCUGAUACUGGGGACUGAAUGGAUACGCGAGAUACCUCACCUUCAGUUUUGCUCUUCUUCGACAAGCAGAGAUUUAUUUUCAAUGCAGGAAAGGUACACAUGGGAUGACAUUAUCUAAAUUUAAUGUCUUCCAGAGACUUAUGUUAGCUUAUUGAUUUUACUUUUAAAGAAUUGUGUGUUAGCUUAUUGUUGAUGUUAAAAUGUGAUUCUUUAUAAAGUAUAUAUGAGCUCCUGUUUACGUUGUAAUGAUGCCAUAAAAUCCAUUGUCAUUGCAGGGAUUGCAAAGAUUUUGCACAGAGCAUAAGAUCAAAUUAUCUAAGGUGUGCAGUGCCAUGUGUUUUUGAGUUUUUAAUUUAGAACUUCCUAGUUUGUCUAAUGUGGAUAUUUCUUCAGAUAGAUUACAUAUUUCUCUCUCGUGUUUGUUCAUAGACAGCGGGUGGACCUCCAGGUUUAGUUCUGACUUUGGCAGGCAUGGGAGAAGAAGGGAUGUCUGUGAGUAUAAGCUGAAGCAUAAGUCUCUCUUUUUUUACUAUUUCUUAAAAGAUAUUAGCAAUAGGGUCACAUUAAGUAAAUUUCAUCCUGUGUUUUAUUGAAGGCUAAUAUUUGGGCUCCCUCAGAUCUUACAUAUUUAGUUCAUGCAAUGAAGUCUUUUAUCCCACAUGCUGCGAUGAUUCAUACUCAAAGCUUUGGUCCAACUUAUGCUGCUGCCCUGCCUGAUCCAAGUAAAUUUGCAGACCCACUUGUUCUUGUCAAUGAUGAGUUCGUUAAAAAAUCAGCUGUUUUCCUUUGUCCAAAUCACUCAGAAGAAGGGUUGCCAGUAAGGCCAGGAGAAAUGUCUGUCAUUUAUAUUUCUGAACUGCCAGAGCUUACGGGGAAAUUUGACCCAAAAAAGGCUGUUGCUCUUGGGCUGAAGCCUGGGCCGAAGUAGCGGCAGUUUUAAAGGGGAAUUCAGUCAAAUCAGACAACCUUGAUAUCAUGGUUCAUCCAAGUGACGUUAUGGAUCCUCCAAUUCCUGUUCCCAUUUUCUUCCUGGUCGACUGUCCCAUGGAAUCUCAUGUAGAGGAAUUGUUGUCCAUAGAAUCUCAGGGAAAAUUGUACUGAUUUGUCUGGAAGCGAAACAAAAAGUGCCCAGUCUGUGAAUUGUGUGUCAUUCAUCUAAGUCCUGUUUCUGUUGUAAACAGUCUCAAUUACCAGAAAUGGAUGAAGAAGUUUGGUUUGGCUCAACAUGUUGUUGCUGGACAUGAAAUGAAGAAUGUGGAGAUCCCAAUUCUAAAAGCCAGUGCAAGAAUUGCAGCCCCACUUAAUUAUAUGUGUCCACAAUUCUUUCCAGCUCCAGGUUUCUGGUCGCUUAACAAGCUCAAUUACUCAAUACCAGAUGCUAAUGCUGCUAGCAAGGUUCAUUCCGACUUCAUUGAAAGAUAUGUGCAGAUCAUUCGUAAUUAAUGAGGUUUGUCGAUGUUCAGCUUAAGCCACUUCUUUUUUAUCAUUUGUGUCCUUUUCUUUACUGAUUGUGGUUCUAUCAUUCCAAUAUCAAUAAAUAAAACAACCUUGGUCAACUUUAGGUGACGCCAGUCUUUGAAUUAGAAGAAAUUUGCGAGCUUUUGCGAUCUUCGCAUAUUACUAUUGUGACAGAGGUCUUAGAGUUUAUUUUGAAACUGCCUGAGUAUAAAAGCCUCGUCGUCAGGUAGAAGAUAUUCCAUUCAAGUUGCUUCAUAUCUCUAUCAUUUUUGAUUUUGGGAAAUUUUAAAGGAGUUUGGUUGUUGAUUUCCUGUUCACAUUGACUAUGAAUGCUGUGGUUGAAAUUAAAAAUUUAAUAACCAA